CCGCUGCUGGUUACAGGCUGCUCUCAGCUUGCCUGACAUUUGCUUUGUUGUGAGCAGGAAACUUUUCAGUUAUGACCAGCGAUUUUCGGCUUAAAGAGUCGGGCACGGAGCUGCUUGUUCGGCUAAAAGGGAGAAGUUCUCUGAAACAUCUUGAACCACGGCUAUUUAGUGAAGAAGGAUUCCCAAGUCAUGGAGAUACGGUUGAAUUCCACGGUCCAGAGGGAACAGGGAAGACAGAAAUGCUGUAUCACCUGGUGGCAUCCUGCAUCCUCCCAGAAUCAACAGGUGGUCUCCAGGUUGAGGUUCUUUUUAUCGACACAGAUUAUCAUUUUGACAUGCUUCGUCUGGUUACCAUUCUGGAACAUCGCUUAGUGCAGAGCACAGAGGAAUCAGUUAAACAGUGCCUGGGUCGCCUGUUUCUUGUCCACUGCUGCAGUAGUUCCCAACUGCUGCUCCUGCUGCACUCGCUGGAAAGCCUGAUUUGCAGCCAUCCUGCCCUUUGCCUGCUUAUCAUAGACAGCAUGUCGGCCUUUUAUUGGAUUGACAGACUCAAUGGUGGGGAGAGUGUUAGCCAGCAGGAAGCCAACCUCAGGCACUGCGUUGAAUGUCUGGAGAAGCUGUUGACCGAAUACCGACUGGUAUUACUUGCAACCACCCAAGCCCUGAUGCGUGGGUCAGGGUCUGGAACUUCUAGGCCAGAUGAAGCUGCUGCUGUAGCCUGGCAACCAUCCCACGCUGCAGUUACAGAAUAUAAACCAUAUCUCUGCAAAUCCUGGCAAAAGCUGGUCAAGCAAAGAUUUAUUUUCUCAAAGAAUAACAUGCGGGACAAUAAGCAAGAAUUUGCUAUUGUGUCUCUUCAGCCAAGAGGCAGUAUUGUGUCCAGGUGCUCUUUUAUUAUUACAGAUGGCGGGGUUCAGUUUCUUUAACCCUUAGGCAUUCAUUCCUUAAUGAGGACCACUGGGGACACUUGUGAUCCCGCAACUGAGAAAAUGCCAUUUUAUUUUAAAACUGUUAAUUGUUGUAGUUAACUGAAGCCUAUUCAUCAUUUUUCCUGGUGAGCUUCAACAAGGUUAGGUGGAGGUUUAACCCUCUUAAUGUGAAUGUAAUGGAAGGUUUCUGUUGUUUUCAGUGGGAAUUCUCCAGCAGAUUUUGGUCUAAACUGCCGGGAAAGAGGCUUAUCCCAACAUUUCCUUGAAAGCUCUUUUUGAACAUGUAUGUUCUUUGCUCUGGAGCACAAUGCCAGAAAUACUUGAGUAUUUUUUGGGAUGGUGAUCCAAUUGGUCAUACUAAAUUGGAUUUUAAACAAGCUAAUUGGAAAAAUGAAUAGUUUUCACUUUCUCUAUGUAUUUAUAAUCUUCUUAAAGCAUUUCAUAUGAAUUACUUAAAAUGUAUUAGGUCACAUUGAUGUUUAAUGCAACCCAUCCCUUUCAUUGCUGAACCCAGUUUGUUGAACCUAACUGUCUUAGAACAGAAGGAGCUCUGAGAAACCAUCAUGCCCUUGCCAGUUUUUUUUUUAAUCAGAGCUAAUUCAUCCCACUUUCCUGUCUUUUUUCCAGUAGUCCUUGAUGUUCUGUAAAAGGUCAAAUUGCUAAAAUUUUCUGGACCUCAUGAAGAUUUUUCAUGGAGGUCCCUGUGGGUGAGAGCUGAGACCCUUGCCUUUUCCUGAUACGUCUUCCCCUACACCCUUGUGGCUACUUCUACCCUUUCCUUCCAAUUGCUCACUGGAGCAGAAUGCCCAAAUGGACUAUUUUUGUUCUGACAAAAUGUAGUUUAGGCCGAGUGCAGAUUUUAUUGUAUGAUAUUUCUGCUGUAGAAUUGCAGCCUAUUGUAAAAUUUUAGCCGUAAAAGUCUUAUUGAUUUUGCCAAGUUCUUAUGCUUAUGUUCAGCUGAAUGACUAAAGCCUGCAAGCUGGUAGAAGCUUGCGUAAUACUGGAUAAUCACCGUCACUUCAUUGACUUAUCUUACCGAAUAAAUGCAUAUUCCUAACUUUCAAGGUA